GUAACUUGGUAAUAAAAACUUUUCCGCCAACAUAAAUUUAUUGGAAAAUAAUAAAAUUUCACAGAUUUCAAGCCAAAAUGUUAAAAAAAGUUUUUCAACAAAGAAGCCCAUACACAUUUUUGCAAAGGAACGCUAGGCCCUCGAAGUUGGAUGAUAUAUUGGCUCUCUCAGAGAGUCAAUUAUGCACAAAUCGGUUUUUCUCCUUUUUCUCGGAAAUAUAGCGAUAUUUUGGCAAAUGAAGUAUAMCACGGCUUAUAUCGCCUCAAGGUCUUCCUAAUACUUAAAGUGCAACUGAACCCAAUUUUUCCGAAACCUUAUUCAAAUCUACAUACAUUUAAAAGCGAAAUGCAAAAAGAAUUUUUGAAUUAGGUAAAUUCUCAAUUCGUAAUAUCAAUUUGAAUUUGGCGCCCUUGCCGAAUUUAGAGGUUCCUCGUGCAAUUUAGGGGCCUGGGUCGAGUGACGUCAGCUAAGGUACGCGAACUAGCAAGCUAUACAAAGCUACAGUAAAGUAAAGGCAUCGUUCAUGCUUGUUGCUCCCUUGUAUUCCUUGUUAUCGCUCGAAACAUAUCGAAAUCUUCUGGAAAACUACAUAAAUGGAAAUGUMACUAAGCUGUUCGGAUACUGAGAGCUCUUUAGGCUCUUUUAUUGGUGAUAUAUCGGAUCUUGAAGAGGAAUUUGAAGAGACAACGGUUGAUGCGUCGACAACCAAAUGUUCAUCUACAGCAGGAGCUGAACUCGAUGAUGUAGACGAAGGCGCUUAUCAGGAUGAGCCCAUAGCAAGUGAUCAGUGCCGGGAUGGACCAAUAUAACCAGAGGCAAAAGGAAAUCGAAGAGCUUGAAUCAGAGCUAAAGAAGCGACUUACCGGCGAAUUGCCAGCUAGCGAUUGGUGCAAGUGCGGAAAUUGUGCAAUCACGAACCUCCAAAACAUAAGCGAAUGUUACUGUUGCACGGAAAUAGAAGGUUGUGUUGAAUCCCUCACAACAGAUCUGGUGCGACAAGAAUUGUCACCCGAAGUUGAACUUUCCUGUGUGACUCAACAUCCUGGAUUCCAACCGGUUUGCCUCAACAAGUGGAGUUUGAGAAUGGCUGCCGACAGAUUCAAGACGAAAAAUAAGCAGARAUAUCGUCAAACAGGAUCUGAAGAAAGGYUUUUGAGAAGUAUCGCUUAUAGAGAAUUUUCGCGCCUCAUUCAUGGCUGGCUUGGAUCAAGGAGAAUUCCUUUACCAGCAUGUGCGUACCUCGCCAUACGAGAUGCAUUUCCUCUUGGUACAAGUGAAGUAACUUACACCGGAUUUGAUUUGGAUGAAGAAUCAUAGACUCAAUGUUUCUGCAAUUACUCUUAUUUAUUUCUUUUUUUAACUGAUGAAUGUUUUUACUAUAAAUCAGUAAAAUAAAGUAUACUUUUUACAGCUUUAUGAAGCUUUGUCAAAUACAUAAUAUUAUAUACAAGUUUGAUAAACUGGACCCACUAUCGGUUGUAAAAAAUGUCAGUUUCAAAACUCAGAACAUAGAACCUUAGACUGAAAUGGUACACGAGUAGCACAGCMAAAAGUCUCUGGUGUAUCUCAAACUAUUCAGAGGUUUACUAUGUCAUUUUCCAUUCUGGUUCCAGCUUCUAUGUUACUGAAAUAGGCAAUAAUUUCACAAUGGUCCUAAGUUUUGGUAUUUGGUUUUCCUAUUGAAUAGUUUGUUUGAUGGU